GCGAGCGGACCCGGCAGCUGCUUCAACCAGCGAGAAUGGAGCCAGCCCAGCGUGGAGGUUCUGAGACUGUGGCAGGGCAGGGGACAGGAGCAAGUGCUGAGACUGUGGCAGGGCAGGCGACAGGAGCAAGUGCUGAGACUGUGGCAGGGCAGGCGACAGGAGCACGUUCUGAGACUGUGGCAGGGCAGGCGACAGGAGCAAGGGCUGAGACUGUGGCAGGGCAGGCGACAGGAGCAAGGGCUGAGACUGUGGCAGGGCAGGCGACAGGAGCACGUUCUGAGACUGUGGCUGGCCAGGUGACAGGAGCACGUUCUGAGACUGUGGCAGGGCAGGCGACAGGAGCAAGGGUCCCUCACCCCACCACGUUCAUGGAGUGGAUGCGGCAAAAGAAAAUGACUCUCAAACUUGCUGUUCAUGGGAACCACCUGGAAGUUGUUGAGUUACUGAUGCUGAUUCAGCAGGUCUGGGAGAGGUGCAGCAGGAGUCUGUGUCCAGAGGAAGCUUCUGAGCAGGAGCAGGGCUGCUCCCCGGGGGAACUGAGGCUUCUCCUCCUAGGGAAGAAGGGCGCAGGGAAAAGCGCCACAGGAAACAUCAUUCUGGGCAGAGAUGUGUUUGUGUCCAAAUUCAGUGCACGGAUGGUGACGGAAAAGUGCCAGAGAGAGAGUGGGGACGUGAUGGGCAAGAAGGUGGUGGUCAUUGACACCCCCGACCUCUUCUCCUCCGCAGCUUGUGCCGAAGACAAGCGACGCAACGUGAAAUGCUGCCUGGAGCUCUCGGCCCCCAGCCUCCACGCCCUGCUUCUGGUGAUCCCCAUCGGCCACUGCUCGGAGGAGGACAGACAGGCCAUUGAGGGCAUUAGGAAGGUGUUUGGAGAGGGAGCCAGGAGGCACAUCAUUAUCAUCUUCACUAGGAAGGACGAUCUGGGGAAUGUCUCCAUGCAGGAUUACCUUGACCAAAAUAGCUCAGUCCGAGAGUUGGUUGAAGCCCAUGGGAGCCGAUACUGGGCUUUCAACAACAAGGUGGGGGAGGAGCUGGGGGAGGCCAAGCGGGCCAUCCAGGUGAUGGAGCUCCUCGACCUGGUCAAGCGUUUGGUGGAGGCAAAUGGAGGACCCUAUCAUGUGAACUGCAGAAACGAAGGCGGUGGAUUCCAGGGCUGUGUGAAAGAAGGCACAUUGCAGAAGGCGGACGAUCCACAUGGCCCAGGGGAGCAGCUGCCGCUGGCCUCGGGGUCUGAGAUGAACCCCAGGCCGUCAGAACUAAAGGUCCUGCUCAUUGGGAAGCGUGGUGCCGGGAAAAGUACAGCCGGAAACAGCCUGGUGGGGAGGCACGUCUUCAAGACCAAGUUCAGUGACCUCCCAGUAACCAUGAAGUUUGAGUCUGAGAGCAGAAUGUGGAGAAAGAGGAAAAUUAUGAUCAUUGAUGGUCCAGACUUGUCAUUUUCAGAGGACCUGAUAUCAGAUCUUCGGAAACAAACCCCAGAGGGCCCCCACGCCUUCCUGCUGGUGACCCCCCUGGGCUCCUUUGCUGAGAGAGAUAAGAAGCUGCUGGACACCGUCCAAAGCAGUUUUGCAGACGAAGUCACUAAGUACAUGGCCGUUCUCCUCACCAGGAAAGAAGAUCUAGGGGGUCAGGAAGUAGAGACGUUUUUGAAGAGCAAUGCAGACCUCCGUGAGUUCAUCCAGAAAUGUGGGGGCCGAUCCAGCGUCUUCAACUACAGGGCCACAGGAGAGGAGGAGCAGAGCCAGGUGGACAAACUGCUGCAGAGGCUUGUGGACAUGGCAGAGCAGAAUGGAGACCAGUCCUGCAGCUUUGGAAAGGAAGAGGUCCUGACCAUCGUCCUGGUGGGGCGGAGCGGGACUGGGAAGAGUGCCACCGGGAACACCAUCCUCGGGAGGUCUGUCUUCCUCUCUCGGCUCCAAGCCCAGCCGGUCACCAAGACAUGCCAGAAGGGCAAGAGGAAAGGGGCUGAGUGGGACAUCGUGGUGGUGGACACUCCCGGGCUCUGCCCGAUGUCCCGUGAUCCAUCCCAGCUGGAGAUGGUCCGCCCCUACGUGCCCGCCAGUGGAAGGAAUACGGUUCUGGUCCUGGUGCUGCAGCUGGGACGGGUCAUUCACGAGGACGAGGAGGCGGUGAAGAUGCUGGAGACCCACUUCGGAAAGGAUGUCACGAAACGCAUGAUUGUGCUUUUCACCCGGAAGGAAGACCUGGGGGCUGAGGACAUUACCUAUUACUGCGCCAACACAGAUGACAGAGCUGUGAAGGGGAUCAUUAGAAAGUGUGGGGUGGAGCGAGUUUGUGCUUUUAACAACAAUGAAACUGGCCAGGCCAGGGAAGACCAAGUGGCAGUCCUUUUGAAAAUGGCCAGUGAGCUGAUAGGUAACCAUAAAGAGGGCUCGGAUUUUCUUUUAUGUGGGGAACAACAGCGAAAAAACUCCAAGGGUGCCUGGUCCCUCAAAUUGCCAUUCGGACUGCAAGGAGUUUAAAAGACUGGUGGUCAUAGCUGGGUGAAAUACCUUUGGUCUCCUAGUUAGUGGCCUGCUCAGGAUGGGGGGUGAGGGUGGGGUAGGGGAGGGCUGGUGGGUGGGAAGAAGGUUCCUGAUGCCGCGGGCUGAGGGUCAGUGCCUCUUACCAUGCGAUGCGUCAGCUCUCUGUAGGUAAAUGCACUGUCAGGCUGGGGCAGGCAGUAGGGAUUAUAACGGAGCAAGGAGAAAUAAGGAAGGGGAAGGCUUCAGAGGUGAGGCUGGUAUUCAGUCAGAAUCAAGUCACCAGGCUCCUCUUCCUUGUGUAGGUAGAUUGGAGUCAGGACAGACACCAGGACCAAGGCCAAAGCCAAGGCCAGCCUGUGGCCAGAACACACAUGGCUACACAGGAACCAGGGCUUCCAGAUACGGGAGCACAAGGCAUUGACCAGCUAAGCCCUGGGCGUGGCAGGAGGAGGAGCUGGGCUCCCUGGGUGGCUGGCUGCGUGCUGGGUCUGCUUGCCCCUGAACUGCCCUUCCUCCCCCCCUCCCCCCCAGGUGGCUGUCCCUUGUGCUGUCUCCUUUUCAAUGCUGAGUGCACAGGGACCCAGUCACCCCCUCUUUGUUGUCCCUGAGGAUGUGAAGACGACUCUGUGAGGUCUGAACACACUGUACUGUGAAGUCAUCACAUGGAGUGAACAGACUAGAACAAAACUCAGAAGCUCAGUAGAAGUGCCAAGGUUAGCCCAGCUGGCAAAGCUUUAAGAUUCUAAGUAUAAUUUUAGAUUUCCUCUAGCAAAGGGUAUUGAAAACUCCUUUUCACUGUUGAGCCUCUCUCCUUUAGAGGGCUCGGCAUUAGGUUAAACCUCAGAGGGCUCACGUGGUAACGGCUGACACUCUAGGGGCUUCAGUGUCCCAUGUCCGGGGGCCGGCUGGGGGAGGCAGGUGUGGUGCCAGCCGUCCAGCCUCCUUCUUGUGUUGCCUCUGCACUUCCGGCUGCCGCUCUGUCCCAGGUGGUGGGUGAUGUCCUACUCAGCUGUGAGCAGAUACAGCUGAGAGCUGCCUGCUGGGGGCGCUGUGUGAGAUGAGAACUAUGGGAUGUUCUCCCAGCAGCUGAAGGGCCAGGCGGCUCCAAUAUUAACCACUUCAUAGAUGCUUUGGGGACAGAAUCUGUGUCACGUUUGGGUUUUCAAAGUAUCAGCUUACCUUCAAGAUUGAGCCUUUUAUAAGAGCACUGGCUGUGCCCAUGAAAACUUUUGUACCUUGUGUGACCCUUCGUAUCGCAAAUUCUGGAGAAUGUACGAGUCAGCAUGCUCAGUUGAGUGAAAUAAUAAAGAUGAGCUGUAUUAGGAA